GUUUCUCUGCUUCACUGAUAAAAACGUUUAUUGAUUGAAAAUGCGUUCAUUUGCGACUUACCGCCCCAAGUGAAUUCUUUUGUGAUUCAUGGAUUGUGGAUGCACGUUGAAAAUAAAUUGACAAUCACCAUAUAAUUUACCGCUUGAGAAAGGGUUAUCAUUGAGCAAUUCCUUGUGUUGUUUAAUUAUUGCGAAAAAGAAGUUACAAUUUUCGAUAAUUACAAAUAAAUUGUGUUUAUCGAAGUUAUUAUCUGGAGUUAAAAAAAUGGGUUGUGAAGAGGGAACAUUCGAUGGAUAAUAUUUACCUUGGAGUGGAAAUUGUAUAGCACAUUAUAUGGAUAUUGAAAGAAAACGGGAGACUAGUCCACGAUCAAUUUAUCUGCAGUUACCGAUGCCACACGUUCUAUUCACAAGUUAAGUAAAAACAUAUUUUACACUGAUAAAGCAGAUGAAUACUCUGAAGCCUAAUGCUUUUUGCCUAGCCAGCGUUUUCGUUAAAAUUUUUAGACACAGUAUUUGAAUAUUAUCAGUCCAUUGCGACUGAACGUUUAUUCAGAUUUACUCAAGUAACAUGAAUUUCUGUUCUAUUUCAGCCAAUAAGACCGGAGUUAGACUACAGAUGGCCAUGUAUAAAAAUGUUCAGCAAAACAGCAACAUUUUGCAAACUUCAGAUGUAUAACAUUACGCCAAGCAAUAUAACACUAUACAAUAGAACACAUUUUGAAGACAUACUGAUAAAACUAUACGGGUGGCCAGGUCGACUAAGAUGCAGAUGGUCAGGUGAUAGGGAUAACUUAAGAUAUGAUUUGAAGGAAGUAGGAUUCUGCUUCAAUUCAUCGUUCGCAUUUAGAAACUGCAGUUACAGGGGGAAUUGUCCGAGUUUAUUUUAUUUUCCUCCGUACCUUAAUGAAACGAAACGAAAUACAGAGGGAGAGAGACGGAGAAGGAAACCCAUACCUAAUCUUCAUUAUUAAUAAUUAAAAAAACGUGAAUUUCGCAUCACCAUGUAUGUGGUAGUCAAUAAUAUGUAAAACUGUAGAGUGAUUUGUAGAUUACGUAAUGAUGACAUCUCUCAAAGAUUUAGUAUUUCUUGUUAUCUAUUAUGUUGUAAACGAAGAAUAAUUCAGGUGAUUUUCGCAUUACCUGAAAACUCAGAUUGACCCUUUUUCAUUUCGAUGAUUCAAAAUUACGUCCCUCUAGUAUAUUGUACAAUUUUUUCUGUUUGUGCGCUAUCGUAAUCUGUACAAUUUAUUUUUAGGAUUU